CCAUUGCUGGUGUCCCAUUUGUAAGCGAGCUCCAUUGCGUCGAAGCUCUGCCCCCUAAUAGUCUCCUCUUGUUUACACCGUAUUAGUGAAAACACUGGACACUCCACGGCGAGUGAAAAGCAAAAACCUCGCGACCACCUGUUUAUAUACUCAAGGUGAUGUCGUCAUUGUGGCAGCAGGAGGUGUCGGGUUUUUCGCCCUGCGUGGAGAUCGACUCGAGCUGCGUGAGGAGGAGCAACGACAGGCUCGGCUCGCCGUCCUGGCUCAAGCAGGAGCACGACGACCUGCGUAUCAUUAAGUGGGAGAGCUUCCAAGCGGCGACCUCGGCUGAUGUGGUUCAAGACAACACGCCCAGCAGCGCCAUGUCAGCGUCUUCGCACCUCGAGAGCUUGCCUCCGAAGGUCCUGCUGACUAUGACCAGGUUGCAAUGCAUGCUGGAGAACAAACAAGAGCGCAUCGUCGCUCUGGAGCGCCAGGUGGAAGAUCUGAUGCAGGACCGCAAGUUCCUGCGGAGUCAGAUUGAGAACCUGACCAGAAAUCGUUCCUUUGCGCCACCUGGCCCCGCCGCCGCUGAGGCGUUUAAAGCCAACAAAGGAACACACCCGGAGGCCAAAUCUCGAAAAAGAGAAAGAGCGUCUUCGAGUUCGUCCGCCGCCGGCGUUUGCGCCUCAGAAGCGUCGGACUCGUCGGUCAUGUCUGCAGCUUCCAGCGAGCACAGAAGAAAGAAGCACCACAAGGACAAGAAGCGGUCCAAGAAAGGCAAAGAUUACUGCAGAAAGAGAGCCACCGGGGUGCAGUACGUCAUCCACCGCUACAAGCAGGUGCUCUCCGCCUUCAUCAAGAAGAAGAGCAUGAGCGAGGCCUUCCGCCACCUCGGCAUCGACCGCAACACCAUCGCCAACACGGCCUCCAUCGCCGAGCUCCACCUGGCCGGCAAGGACAUGGCGCCGCUGGUGGGCACGUUCCGCCCCGGCGAGGAAACGCUGGUCAGCUACGCUCAGAGGUGCACCCUCGCCAUCGACGGCGACGCCGACCUCUCGCGGAGGAUCGACCACAUGAAGUCUAACGGGCAGCUGCUGCCUAUCUCGGGGAAAAGGUCCAGGUUGAUGCAUUCUCACCUCCCGCCACUCGGGGGAGUCACAGACAGCAUUUUGAUAGGUUGAUACUACUAGACCUUUUAAACAAUUUACAUACCUCAAGUAUUAGUAUUCAAUACCCACAUAUUUCACUCUUGGUUUAUACUCUGUACAUAGUUAUUUAUUUUUUGUAAUAUUGAAGCACAGUGCAGUAUUUGACACAGCCAGCAGGUAGCAGUGCAUACACAACGGGUUCUCCAUCUAUACACAACUCUGAUAACAAGAUGCUACUGUUUGUCUCUCUGUCUAAGAUGGUGGAUUUUACGUUGUUUCUUUGUCUGUAUUCCAACUACCUUUCAUUUGCAAACUUUUAAGUAAAAUUAUUUAAAAUUUUUAAAA